AUGAUUCUGUUUGUUUUAAAUACAGAUCUGAGGGAAGCAAUGAGACUGAAACUUCUGCACCUUCAGACUAGAUUUUACCAUGCUUUAACAACAAUAUGCCGAUGCCGAAGAACUGGACGUCUGCUAUUAAAGCUGCAUAAUGAAGUUGACAGAAGAGCGAAGUCCUGGAAUUUGUAUGCUCCAGAAACCGCUUCACCUUUUUUGACAAGUCGAUGUGUACAAGUCAAGAAUUGGCAAUUGCUUCAAGGAAAUGUAUCAGUGUUGGGAAAAAAUGUUUUUAAUCAGAGUGGGAAGGGUUUUUUCCCAUCCUGGAAAUAUUUUGGUGUGGCAGUGAUGGAGAACUACGAGCUCAAUACAGAACGUAUUAAAAAGCAUUGGAAUGUAUUAUCAAGAUCUUACUCGGUUGUACCAGCUGGUAAAAUUAUUCCAAAACACAGUAACCAGACAGUUAAGAGGCCACCGAAGGCACCAAGGACCAAGCAACCAUCCAGAACUAACCAACCACUACUGUCAGACAUGGAGAAUCUGAUGCAGUGCACAGCCUUUGCAACAGCAGAUGAAUAUCAUCUUGGUAAUCUGUGUCAUGACCUGACUUCACAUGGAUAUGUUGAAAUAACAAGUUUGCCUAGAGAUGCUGCAAAUGUUUUAGUGAUCGGCACUGAGAAAUCUGCGAAAGAUGAUGAUUCCGGCAUGAUUUUUUUCUUCAGGGAAGGCGCUGUUGUGUUUUGGAAUGUGGAAGAGAGAAGUAUGAAGAAUAUAAUGCGAGUGCUAGAGCAGCAUGAAAUUCAGCCAUAUGAAGUUGCACUGGUCCAUUGGGAGAAUGAGGAGAUGAACUAUAGAAUAGGAGAAGGUCAGUCAAAGCUUCAUAAAGGAGAAAUUGUGUUAAAUUCUGAGCUGGAUAGUGACGAAGUUGUUCUGCAGAAAUUUGCCUUUUCAAAUGCCCUUUGCCUCUCUGUAAAGCUGGCUAUUUGGGAGUCAUUAUUGGAUAACUUUGUGGAAUCUAUCCAGUCGAUUCCUGAGAUAUUGAAGUCGGGACGGAAGGUGAAACUGUCUCAUGCAGAUGUAAUGCAGAAGAUCGGAGAACUCUUCGCAUUAAGACACCGUAUAAAUCUAAGUUCGGACCUGCUAAUAACACCUGACUUCUACUGGGACAGAGAAAAACUGGAAGAGCUUUAUGACAAGACUUGCCAGUUUCUCAACAUCAAUCGCAGAGUUAAGGUAAUGAAUGAAAAGCUUCAGCACUGCAUGGAGCUGACAGAUCUAAUGCGAAAUCACCUGAAUGAAAAGCACGCUUUACGUCUCGAGUGGAUGAUAGUAAUACUCAUCACCAUAGAGGUUCUCUUUGAACUUGCAAGGGUAAUUUUCUGAUGACAGAAGAAACUCAGGAAGAGGAAAACUGACAAAAAAAAGACUAUAUGGCCCAGAAAAUUCGUGUCUAUCAUACGCUUCUGGAAAAUAGUGGAAAUGUCUUUCUUGAUAAAUAUGUACAUCUUCUACGCAAAUAAAAAAAAAAAUAUAAAUCGGUCUCUGAACAUUAUUCCCAACUGCCAUACUGGUGCUGUUAGAGAGGUCUUAUUCUAUAAGUGGGGCAAUGUAAAGCUGAGAUACUAAUUAUUCAUUUGUAGUGAGCAAGUUUGGAUGUACGCAGGACUGAUGCAGGAAGAUAUCUUUGUCCCUGAAUAAGCGAGGACAGAAGGAUGGAUCUCUUCUACACUAACUGUAUGAAUCUGGUGGAGGACCCUGCUGUCUUGUCCCCAACGCUGAGUGCCCUUAACUACUUCAUGCAUUUCUAACCAAUGAUGAAAUUUUCCCUCAUUUUUCCCAGCUCCUUCUUGGAUAGUCAUGACACUGUCUCAAGCUUUGAAACAGCACUACUAUUUAUCUUCCUCAAGCUACCUGCCAUGAUCUUAAUAUACCUGGCAGGUAUAGUUAAUGUCAUGCUCUGCCCCAUCACAAAAAGGGUAUUUAUGUAGUUGUAUAGGAAUACUCAGAAGGCACGUUUUGAAUACAUCAAACACAUACAUGGGAAAGAGAAUAGAACCGGGCAGACCUAGGGAAAAUCUCUUGACUACAAACCCAUUCUUUUGCCAUCAAUUAUGCUACCAGUGCCGCAAGAGCCUCUUAAGAAGCAGCAGCUCCUCUUCAGAGUAGGCAUUCUCCACAGAACAGGUCGUACGUGGAGGUCUUGUUUCUGGAACAGUUCAACUACCACUGCUUUGAACUACUGAAAAGGUCUGAACCAUUGGCCCCACUCAGGGAAGUGAAUCAGUCAGCAGAAUAGUCUGGUGACUAAGUCACCUCAGCACCAAUCUCCUGACUUAGACAGGGUUAUUAUAGAAAUAGUAUAUUAGAUCCUUUAUGCAGUUAAAAAAGUUGCCAAGCACCACUUAAUUCCAGUAACAGAGAGUUAGGUUACAUUUUAAUUGUAAUUUUUCUAUCAAACAUUUUUCACCCCUUCAGACAAAUAGGUUUUUUUCCUCAUUGGAGUAUAAUAUGCUCAAGAACAUAUGUUCCCAUUCAUCUCACAUUUAAUGUUUCAGUAUUACAGCUAAACUGCUAACAAUGUAAAUUGCCUGGCCAACUGCAUCUACCAAGAAAAGAGGUUUGAAACAAGUAAUUUUGAGCCAAAUACUUCGAUGCUCUUCAAAGUAUUAAGUGUCUAUAAGUGUCUAGGCUUGAUUAUCUCAAGUGUUCUGUCUUGGGACUGUAUUUAAGAGUUACCAAGCCAAACACGUCAAAACAAGAAGUACAGCUACUUUAGAAACUUUAAAUCAGUUCACAUUGGCAUGUAAAAUCAUAUCCUUAGAAUCACACUCUUCUUCCUGUCAUGCCACCAGCCCCACUGCUGUCAUUCAAGCAUUUGCAGCUCUAGUUAAGCCUUAACUGCACAUUAGAACAUUGUAUCCAUAUUUUUCACAAGGUACCCAGUGGCAGCUACUUCAAAGUAUGAGGGGGUUUUGUUCAAACAACUAAUCGUACAAUCUCUUAGGAAGUGAGAUUACUCUCACUAUAUUACACAGAGAGAAUCAAGACCCAGCUGGGAAGUUGAGCGUGUCAAGAAACUAACUUGAGUUUUCACAGCAGGAUAUAAACAAAGAGCAGAGCCCUCCUGCAAACAGAUGGCGCUUAUGAAACUCUCCCCGUCUGCAGUGUUGGUUUCUGCUUGAACCUGGAGGUCUCAUGGAGACCCUGUGCAAGUGUAUGCAUGGUAUGACCAGGAGGAAGUUUUACAGCAGAGGCAAGACAAGACUUAAGUUCCAGGAGCAACACAAAACUGUCUUAGCUGUUAUAGGCCUGACUUUCAUCUGCUCAUCCACCACACACCUUCAUAGUGUAUAACUGAAAAGAACCAUCUUUCCUACAUGGUUUGCACAAUUUUGAGUCUUCACCAAAAUGGGUUCAAUCUAACCAGCAGCAGUCACCUGAGGGGAAGAAAAAUAAAUAUGCAAUAGCAACAAAUACAGAAUAUACAAGGAAAAGCAGAGAAGAAUCCUGGUCUAUCCAGAGCUCUAAAAUUUUAACAUUUUUUUAACAAAAUAGACUCGAUGGCAAAAUUCUGUUCAUAUGGAACCUUGUUAGAGCAUCCUUUCUAGGGAUCCCCACUGUGCAGACUGCUUCUAUCUGUGUUUUCCAUCAGAUGAGGAAAAGAACAACUUACAGAUGAUUUUCUUUGGCAGAUAAGCUAGAAAGUUGUCAGAUGACUAGCUAUUUGUAAAGUAGCAAAGAAUGCUUAGACUUGGGACUCCUGACUUCCAGUCCCAUUUUUGUGCUGGCUACAGAGCCAGUCCCUGUUCUCAGUCAUGUUGUUCAGCACACCGGCCCUGCUGGCUGGCUGAGCAACUGCAUAUACAUGACACUUCACCGCAAAGAAUCUUAUUUGUCUCCGCCAAAAUAAGGUGUCUUCAGCGCAGCCAGCACAUAGGAGCUUCUACGAGGAGGAUAAUUCUUGCCAACUUCAAAAACCUGCGUGAAACAAAAAUACAAGAACACUAAAGCAUGUAAGAAAAAGUCUCUUCUUCCCCAUCCUACCUUAGUCCUAGGAACUGAACAAGUUUUGGCUCAGAAGUUUUGUAGGGGGUGAGGGGAAGCCAGACUCUUGUGCCCACCUAAACUGCCUUGUUUAUUUACUGAUAGCUAAGUUGCCUUGUAAAGGAACCUACCAGACAUGAUGGCAAGACACAGAUGCAUAUUCCCAAUAGUGAGAUAAUGGUUGUGGUGAGCCUUCUCCACCAAUUUAUGGGCCCUUCAUGUGCAGACCAAUUUAGCAAUUGCAAAAGGCAUCAGUGUGCUGAGCUUGCCAGAUUACUUUUCUCAAUCACUUCCCCUGAACACUCAAGAUACUGUAAUGAAAGCCUAUGGGCUGGAAACUACUGAUCUGCGAUGCACUACCUUCCUUCACUGGGUGGCAUUUCACAUCUGCCAGGAGUCUCGUUAUCCCUGUCCAUAGACAGGUUUACAAUACUAGCGUGACAACUACCAAACAAAAUGCAGAGUCUGAUGUACUUGGAUAUAGUAAGUGAUAUGCACAGGGUUUAAAAACCAAAAGUACUGCCCAAAACACUUGUCUUCGGGAGGGAAAAAGCUUAACUCUGUCUUAACUAUGUAGGAGGGAUAAAGAGUGCCUUGAAGUGCAUAUAGCCUCAGCUGAGAAAAAGAUUUUUAAGAGGCUGUAAAUUUUACAAGAGCAGGAAAGCCAAGAUCUUUGUUGGCCUUAGGAAAUUAUUUUUAUUGUACACUGUAAGAGGUAGCCUGUUUCUCCCGAUUCCUACCAACUGCCUGCCCAGUGACAUACUUCUUGACAUCACCUUUGUAUUACACAUGAAACUCGGGUAGCUCAAUCUCAGAAAACUAAACAACUCCAACGCUUUGGGAACAGAGUAAGAGUUGGACAGACCUAGUCACACCAGGUAAACAGAACAAAAAAAAUCCCCUCUCCUCACACAGCUAUCAUAAAAACCACUCCCAUUUGUGAUUCUUUAAACAAACUUUAUUAAAACAAACUUAAGCAAAGACAAGUGGUUUUUUCUUUCACUCAUUUUGAGCUGUUGAAGGCAUCACAGCUACAGCUAGUAUCACCAGUUCUCUCUGUUAGUGCUCCAUCAUUUGCCUGUCUAUGUCCAUCCUCAAGCUCCAGCCACUCAAGAAAUAAGUUUUCCAAACUGGUGAAAUGGUGACUAAACAAUGGUGACUGCCAGUUACUAUUCCCCCCACAAAUACUUUUUAACACUUUGCUAACUAAGCAUCUCAUGGGUUUAAAGUCACCCUUUAUACAAUACUAUAUAGUAUCACCGCUAUCUCACUUAAAGCAUCUUUCUCUACAGAACACCUCAGCUGCAUGGGCUUUCAAAAUGCACUCACUACAUGGAUAGCUUGAAUCCUUUUUUUCCCAAGGAAAACAAAACAUGCAAGUACAUAAAUUACUGUAACUUCAUAGUCAUGUCCCACUAAGAAUGUCACUCCAGUCAAGAAUGCAUAGUCACAUUUUGAACUUCUCGAGUUAAAAGCAGGCAGGUCCAAUGUAACCGGUUAAUCUGGGACUGAGGCAAAGCCAGAAAGUAGAGAACUGAUCUGCACUGCAGAAGUUGUGUUGCUUUGGUGACACCACCCAGUCCUGAUGGAGAUGAGACUCAUAACAAGAAAAAUUCUAUAUAUACAGUUAAACCAUUUCUUUACAUGAUAUACGUUGUACUAGAAAAAGGAUAUUAUUAUUUUAUUCUACUCCACCUCCAUCUAAAUCGCAGCUACUCACUAGCUGUUGAUAAAUCUUCAUUCACUAAGUGUAGAAACAAUUCCUAAUUAAUGUAUUGAUACCAGAAAACAGCUUAGCCCACAGAAUGACAAAGACAUAUUUCUUCAUUGUUUCACCUUAUACAGCAGACGCAAAAAGUGGGUUACACACUGUAGUGCUCCUUCACCUCUAGGACAGCUGGACCUACUCAGAACAAAAAUGUGAAAGCUCUGAUAUGCUGGGGGCUGUACCCCAACAGCCUCCCCGUGCAAACAAAGCCAAAGCAAGAAAAAGUGGAGCCAUUCCACAACUGCUGCUGUACCUGUGGGUCACGGUUUCUGUGGGGUUCACUUCUAUGUGCUAUGUACUUCCAAUGCUCUGUGAAAGACGAGUGCGAUUUGGACUAAGUGCAUGAAAAAUUCUAAUAAGUAGGAGGAUAUCCCUGUAUGGAAAGGUUGGAGACUAUCAGAGGUACAAUAUUUACUCAUCUAGAGAGAAGCUACUGCAGCUGUCAUGCUCCCCACUAAGCCUUCUCACAACAUAAAUCAGAAGUGGAAGUGCUAGAAAUGGCAGCUGUGCUAAUAAAACAGAUUUGCAGCAUUGACAAAAACUCAUGUUUUACUACAGUAUUAUCAGUGCGAAAGUGGUGCCCCGUACCUUUUUUGGUUCCCACCAAUUGCCCAGGACACAUGCUUCCAGUUCCUCAUGGCUUUGGCAGAGCCAGCAACAGUCCUGUGGGAGCAGUCAGCACUGUCACAGGGAACAGUGAGCAAAGAGGUCUUUGGCACAGUGAAUCGGCUCUCUGAUUUUUCAAAAAUGCUAAGAAGUUUGAAAACUCACUGAAAAUCUUCACAGUCUGAGCCUGAUUAACAUCACUAGAGUUGUUAAGGUUUGGGCUAUAACAAUAAAUAUCUACUAUUCCAUUCCAAACUUGAACUGAACUCUACCAAGAAGAAACACUAGCAGGACUUGGGUCUGCCUGGAUCAACUUCCUCCCACUGCUCAAGUGAAUUUUUACUCAGAUUAGCAGACACCUUUGUCAUCCUAUUAACACUUAAAUUAUCAGCAGCAUGCUCAUUUACAAUGCAAAAUGUGAUAUUACCAGACAAGACUCUGCCUUUAAUCUGAGUAUGUGCAGACCAAAGCAGAACUAAAAACCUAGGGACUGAUCCUAUCACCAACACAACUAUGAAUGCUCUCAGGUGUGUAGCGAUAUCUGAAUCGGUCUGAAUGGUCCUUCCAAAAGUCCUAAAACUACGAAAGCACUCCUUAACAAAACAUAUAAAAACCAAAAGCCUCAUUAAGUGGUAUUACUGUGCAAGGAUAAAUUUUAAUUACAAUUUCACCUGCAUGGAUUGUAACUAUGUUAAAAAAAAAAUCAAAACAACAACUAAAAUUUAAGAUUCACAUCUUAAGUCAGGCAUCCAAAAUGCAACAGAUGAACUGUUUAUUGCUCUCCGCAACACAGAUGACAUGUUUCAGGUGUAAGCAUUGAAGGUGAGAAGUUCAGCAGCACUAAACUCAACACAGAAAUCUUUCUACAGAUUUCAACGGUCCUUGAAUCAGAUGGGACACUGUUAAAUUAAGAAUUGCAUUAUUGCUGGAUUUAAGUAUUGCAGUCCAAACAAAGGUGCUUUAAAAGCUGUAUUAUGAGCUAUUAAUUAAAAAAACUCACAUAAUUAAUUUUUCUCCAGUUUCAGAGAUAGCUCAGAGGAGAAUCCCACAUAAACGCUGACACAGAAGCAUCACUCAAAUACAACAGAAGAAAAAAAAACAUUCUGACAGAUAUCUGCCAGAAACACAAUGGUUUUCCUAAGUAGCCCACUCAAUUUAAUUAAAAACUAUAUCACUUCCACCAUCUUCCAUCACAAUGGACAAAACACCCCCUACUAAGCAACUUAAGUUCAGAUGUUCAUCUACUCUUUAUUUUGUAUUUAGUAUGCAGAGCUGAAAUGGAAGUGAAAUGUAUAAGGAAAAAAAAUGCCAAUGUCUUGGUUAAAUACACUCUAUAAACUUUUGCCAUGCGCUCACAGAGCAGAAUUACAUGUCUCUUGUAGUUCAGCACAACACAGGUAGCCAGCAUGGGUCCUGAAGAUGCAGUUCUGUUCAGCUGCUUUCUUCAAAAUACUGCAACAACAGUGAACAGGCUACUAGUUUUCAGCUCCACUAAAAUUAAAAAUAAGUUGUUGGGCUUUGAGGUUGUUUUUUUUAAGGACUUAACUAGUUAGUUUUCAAGUGCAGCUUAAUUUGGAUAAAUAAUAUUCACGAGCUAUACAAUGCAAGCAGAUUCCAGUUGUGUCUAUCAAGACAUUAGCUUCAGCGGGCAACAGCAGAGUUGGACUAAGGUAGAACUAGUCUAGUCCUCCAUCAAUUUAGAUCCUGUAUAAAUAACAGUAGCCUGGGAUGACUGCAGUCAUCUGUUGAUCUACAAACCAGACAAGACUCCUCCCCUCUCUCUCUCAGCACACUUGCUGUCAAGACACUAGAUUAGAAGAGUUCAGGUCUUUUUCCUAGAGCCUUAUUUAAUGACUGUGGAAACAUCAUCCCAGCUACAGCUAGACCCCUACAAGCUUGCUUAAAUAAGUACCUCAAAAGAGGUAAUAAUCUGGACCUAAUUCAAAUCACUGUCAUUGCGGUAUAUGCUGUUCCUAAGGAACAACAGAAAUAUGAGCUUGCAACAUAUUUUUUACAUAAAACAGAAAUAUGCUUUCUUGCUGCUUAACAACAGCAGGAGGAGGCCCUUACGGCAAGGGGUGCAAACGAACCCUCUAACUACUACUAGCCAAGUAUCUUCUUAAAAGGUUUUCAAUAACAUAGUUUUUUUUCUGAAAAUGUCUGCACCACUGCUCCAGUUAGUGGAUGCACCUUACCAUAUGGCACAAAUCUGGACCAUGCCCAGACCGAUUCUACAGCCUUGAGAAAUUUCACUUAAACCCAGCACAGGGCUCACCCUUCCAUUUCUUCAGGGACUUCCCAGCCCCUGCCGAAGACAGCCUCCCUGCACCGCACUAACAACUCUGAGUUAGUAACUUUUGCAAGACCAAAAAUUUUUUUCAUGUUAUCACAGUGUCCACUGGUGCAUUCAUUUGUGAAGCUUUAUAACCACCCAUGAAUUCUAUAGCACAACUUAGACUUGGAUAAAACAAGGCCUGGCUACAGCCACCUUUCCUCUGCGCUUCACCGCACUGAAAUAUGCCACUGUGCAAAGCUGCAGGUUUAAUUUUUAUGGAAGACUCCUAUGUAUCCUCCUUCAAAAGCUAAAUGAAAAAUGUCCAGUUCAAACAACUUGUCCGCCUAAACCAACAAAAAGCAAACCCAAGCUUUCCACGUUUGUACUCUAUAUCACUCCUUUUGAUAAUUGAACUUGUCACCUCUCAUCUGAGUUUCGCC